ACAAUUAAAUUGAUUGUUUUGAAAUGAAAAUAAUAAUUAAACGAUAUUGUUUAUUGUGUGUUUUUCUAGGUUCAGUGUCCGUACGAUGGCAAUUGUUUGUGUUGUUAUAACAUUGUUGGAUUAUGUUUUAUUGUGAAGAAGAUGUUGUCAGUUGUGUUGGUUACUGCUAGUGAGUGCAGUGUUAAAUGAGCUCUGAAUUGUGUGAUGGUGUGCGGGGGGCCCUGCCACCCAUUCCUGCUUUGAUUCCUAUAACAGUGUUGCGCCCUUGUGGGGGCACAACACAACAAUCAUCAUCGACCUCCUCGUCACCAUGCUCUGUCACUGACGAUAACAACACUGUUAUCAAUAAUAAUAAAAGUGGUGGUAGUAUUAACAAUAAUUGUGUGAGAAAUAAUAGUAAUAGUAAAUCUUAUAGUAGUGAUAGUCAAAACAGUAACAGUAGUGAUAAUAUUGUUAAUAACACGACAACACAACAACGUUCAUCGUCAUCGUUCGGGUAUAGUGUUGUACGCGGUGGUGCUGCUGUCGUUUCUGCUACCACUGCUAGUGAACAUUCUAGCGGGGGUGGUGGUGGACGACAACAACGCACCAGGCGGUCGACACAACAAACAGUGCAUAAUUCGACGAUCGAUCCUAGUGUACAGUCACGUGACAGGUGUAGUAGCGAGCAAGCGCCAACCCGGCGAUCCUCGCGACCAGAGCGUCAUCGUAAAUCAGAUCGUAGACGAUGCGGGCACAGAACUGAUAGGCAAAAGUGUACAACAACUUGUUCCCGUUCACAUAGUUCAGUGCAACGAAAAAUUACAAAUCGUGCGACUGAUAAGUCGGACACACAACCGACAACAACUGUACCGCGAGUGAAUCCUAUAUUUUUGUGGGUGAAGCAAGAAGACACUCGAAUCGUGGAGGUGCGAUGCGAGGAUUACGACAAGCGGAAUCGGAUCCGGUUGACAAAAACAGCACAAGGAUGGCGGGCAAUACCACGUACAGAAACAUUACUACCAGCAAGUGUUACUCCUGUGUUAAGUGACCCAAAACCAAUUGAAUCAAUUGAUACAAAACAAAAUACAAAACAAAGUAAAAAGACUAAAAAUAGAAAAAGUUCGAAAUCAAAACGUAAAUCAUUUGAACGUUUAAGUGGUGAUGGUGUUGGUGUUGUUGUUGAUGACAGUAAUAAUACUCAAGUAAAACCAAACAAUAUUGUGGAUCCGGAAAUUGAAGCUUUAACAGUGACCCGAGAAGAAACAAGUUCACCAGCGUGGAGCGCCCCUGUUAAUAUUGAAUCACAUUUACCAUCACAUACAAUUACAAUACCACGUAAGAAAUUGUUAUUAGACGGUCCUGACUCAAAGGCAGUUGUUGUGGAGGAACCCACCGCCGUUACAACAACAACAACAACCACCAGUGUGGGUGACGGUAGUGGUGUUCUUGUUGUUGGUGGUAAUAAUAAUACGGACGAAACUAGUAAUAGCAGCAGCAGCAGCAGCAAUAAUAAUAAUAAUAAUAAUAACAAUAAUGAUGUGGCGCGGAGUGAAGAAAACAAAUGUUGUGUAAACAGUGCAGACUGCAGUGCGCCGCCGCCACUGUUAUCAUCAUCCUCAUUACAAACAGCGCCUAUUAUACCAGCACCGCCACAACCAUCACUUGAUCCGAAUACGGUCGGGUCAUGUGACGUAACACCGCUUGAUAACUUACUAGCUGUCGCUGAGUUUGAAUUCAACCACCAAGUGCAUAGUGAGAAUGAACAAAAACAACUGCACCAAGAAGAUAAUAACACAAUUAUUGAAUUAGAUUCCUCAUCAGAUGAUGUUGGAGACGACAAUGAUGAUCUUGAUCAGGAACAACAAUUAAUACAAUCUAGUCAAGUGAAUGAUAAUCAUGAUAAUUUAAAUGAUAAUGAUGAUGAAAUUAAUGAAAUAAUUGAUGAGGAUUAUACAGAUAAUAUUGAUGAUAAACAUGAUGACAAUGAUAAUGAAAUAGAUACGAAUCAUUGUUUUAAUGAAAAUAAUAUAAAUGAUAAUGCACAAGAUAAUGAUAAUGAUGACGAUGAAGUAACGGUAGUUGAGACGACUGAUAAUAUUGAAACAUUAGCAGAUUUAAGUGAACAACAUAAAGAAUUCUUUGAGAAUAUUGUACAAUUAAAUAAAUUAAUUGAAUCAAGGACAGCAGAGAAUUUAACAAAAAUAAGCAUAGAACAAUCAAAAGAAACGGUAACAAAUAAUAUUACAACUAGUGAACCACGUCAAUCGACCUCAUCAUCUGAUGAAUGUGGUGAUUAUAACGAAGACGAUGAAAAUAAUUUAGCAAUGGAUGACAUUAUUACACGUUUAGAACAAUCAUUACAGAGUCCAGAGGAGAUGACAACAACAACACAAACUCCAACUACUACAUGUUGUACAACUGCUGAUAUGGAACAAUUAUGCGCAGACGCUACAAAUUUUAUACCGAUAACAAACGACGACGAGACAUCGGAAAAAAUAGAGGAAAUUAAUGACAAAUCGAAUAAUAACAACACUGAUGUUGUCGUUGGUAUUGGUGAUGAAGAAGAUGAAGACGAUGAUGUGACAUAUAUAAAUGAGGAAGAAAAUGAAAUAAAAAAUGAGACGAUCAAACAUGGUGAAGAAAAUCAAUGUGAUAUAGAGGAAGUAGAGGACGAAGACGAUGAUGUAAUUGUAGCGGUUGAGGACGAUCAUUGUAAUACACCUCCGCCUGCUACGAAAGAUGAUAUUGGUUCAAUAACACAAGAUAAUAAAAUCACAUCCUUAGAAAUAUUAGAUUCAACGACAACAGCAUUUGAUGAGAAAUCAACUGUUGAGAGUAUUAUUGAUGAUGAUGUUGAUGAAGAAGUUGAUGAACAACCGACAGAUUUAUCAAUAACAAAAAAUUCAACAAUUAAUUUAGUAAGUAAUGUUCAAGAUGAAGAUUUUGAAGAUGAUGAAGAUGUUGAAUUUGAAGAAAACACUGAAGAAGACCUUCCAACUGAUCUCAGUAUACCAAAGCAUAUAAUACCAACACCACCUCCAUUACGUGUUGAAACUCCUAGACCACCUUCGCACAGUUCUGAAACAAUACAAUCACCACAACCAAGUGGUAUUCCAGCUGUGCCUCCAUCACCUGAUAUAUUUUUUAGUAACUCAACCCAAAAGAACAAAUCAUUAUUCCUUGAAACUUUAUUAUCGUCAUCAUCACCAAAAUUAUGUUUAACACCGGAGGUAACAAUUACACGACAACAGAAAGAACCAUUAGAUCUCGGUAAAAGUCGAAAAUCAGCAAGUCCAACAGUGACAUGCUCCGAGGAAGUUAAAAAUGAUAAUAAUUUUAAAUUUAAUAAUAACGAUGGUGAACCAAAUGCUAAACGAUUAAAGAUUGAAGAUAUUACUUUGAAAAAUUUGUUACACAAAACAAAAGGGGAUGCAAAAAUUACUAAAGAAAAAUCUGAUUCAACAAACGAAAAGGAUUCAUCACGCUUAUUACAUUUAUUAACCACCGAUACAGAUGUGGAUCCGGUUAUACAAUUUAAACAAUUAUUAGCUGAUGAUAUUAAUAUUCCUGAUCCACUAUUGGUACCUAAAAAUAGAUUAAAUCAAAUAUUAAUGGCACCAGGUGUUGAAAUACCACGAUUAUUAACUGAACGUCCAGAAUUACGCUUACCAGACGCUUUAGCGUUUCCACAAUUACUACAAAAUCCUGAUAUAUUAGUAAUAUCCAUAGCUCAAUUACAAAUUAUUUUACAAAAACAUUCAGAAACAAUUAAAUUACAUGAAACUGCAACACCGCCUGUUUCAUCCAAACCAGAAAAAGUGAAACCUACACCACCAGUUGUAAAAAAAUCAGUUGAAGUACAAGAAAAACCAACACAUACGCCAAGUAGUACAGAUUUUGUAUCACAAUAUGCAGCAGCUAAAUCAGCAGCCGCGUUAUUACCACCACAUAUCAGUGCUGCAGGUUUAUUUGAUUCGAAUUUAAAACCAACGAGCUUAUCAAAAUCAACAAAAGAUAAUCCAAAUAGACUAACAACAUCCGGCCUAGCUGGUGAUAUAGAUGCAGCCACAACCGCUGCAUUUAAUCAAAUGUUAUGGUUACCAUAUUUAAAUCAAUUAGAAGCUGCUGCAAUGGCAUGUGGUAAUAAUACUGAUUUUCUAAAAGCAUUAAACGCAGUAUUUCCGCCCACUUUGCCACCAUUUGAUCCAGCACAAAUGUUUCCAAACUUUGGUAUGCAUAAUAAUUUCCCACCGGCUGCAUCAAUGGAUUAUAAUAAUCAAUUAGAAAUGGCAAUGUGGCAAGAAGCAAUGAUGAAAGCUAAUAUGGCCGCAUCUGCAGCAACACCAAAUACACCUUCAACACCAAGCACACCUUCUCAAUCAAACAGUCGUAGUAAAAAUGCCAUCGAUAGUAGUUAUCCAAUGUCGAAAUCGUUUUAUAGAGAAAAUACUAGUAAUAAUCAUACAAGUAGCUCGAAUAAUUCUAGUUCCAAUAAUUUAUAUAAUAUGGAAGGUAGAAAUUCACAUUUACUAACGAGCAAAAAGAGCAACCAGAAUAUUCAACCAAACAAAUCAACGUCAUCCCAUCAUCAUACAUCAGCACGUACCAGUCCAAUAACACAUAAUUUUAAUCAACAACGAUUUCCUUCGAAUACUGCUGGUGGAGAUACCCCAGCUAGUAUGGUACCUACAAAUCCAUACUUAAAUAAUUUAUCAAACGCUUAUCCAUUUAAUCAUAACUUACAAAUACCACAUUAUAAUCCAAAUUUAGCCCAAUGGAAUGGUGCUACAGCAGCGACAGCGGCUGCAACCUCAGCCAAACAACAACAUUCAUCACGUAGUAGUAAUAAAUCUGCGUCAUCAUUAUCAAAAUCGUCUCCAUCAGUGCCAAACUAUCAAAAUUUUAAUAAUUUAAUGACAUCCAAAAGUGAUUAUUUAAAAUAUCAACAAAAUAUAUUAAACGCUUAUAAUCAACGAAAUAAACAAGACGAGCGUACCGUUCAAUCAAAACCCAAACCUAGUGAAUCAGCAAACAUGUCACAGCAACAACCACAACAAAAACCACGUGUCACAUGUAAAUCAUUACAAAAUCUAUUGAGCCCGUCACGCUUAUCACAAGAUUUAUCCGCAAAGAAAUCAUCGUCACACAAUGAAGUGACAUCAAUUCGUAAUACUUUACCAUCGUCCACAUCAAUAACACGUUUAACCACACAACCAAUGGAUUUGUCUGGUGGUCAUCCAAUGUUACAUUCUUCAUCUGGUGGUCACAAUCAUCAUCAUCAGCAAUCGUCACAUCACCAUCAUCAUAGUAGUUCUUCGUCUAGCGGUUCUAAAUUAAAAGUGAAACAACAUUUGGUGGAUAAUAGUCGUCAACCAAAAUUAUUGAAACACGAUGAAAUACCAGAAGUUGGCAGUACUACAUCUAGUCUUGAAGAAAUGUCCACUACACAAUUACAAGAUGCACAAAAUCAAUUGUGGCAUCCACUGUUUGGCAAUCAAAAAAGUUAUACGAGCCCAUGGCGGUGGACAACGGUGACAGUGAAUGGCGAAUGAAGUUUCAUUAAACAACAGCAGCAAUCACAACAACAACAACACCCACGCAUAAUUCAUCAGUGAACAAUGAACAAUAAAUGUAAACAAGAUUUUUUAGAAGAACAAGAACACCAACAACAAUCAAAUACAAAUGAUAUUCAAGAAUAUUAUUAUUUGUACAUACUUCAAACCGUUUGCGUUGCGUUGUGGUAUGGUUGCUGUCAACAAUCUUCUCUGUGUGGUAACCACAUCAUAUCAACGAAUCAUAUGAUGACAACAAAACUAUAACAUCAACUUGCAUCAAUCGUGUGGAUAUAUUAAGGUGUGGAUUCAAAAAAAAAGAACAAUUUUAUAAAAAAAACAGUUUAUUUAAACAAACAAUGUACCUUUCUUCAACAAAAUACGUGAAAUAAUAAAUGUAUACCAAACCAAUAUGAAGUUAGAAGAUUGGCUUAAACAAAAAUAUAUUUGAAUGACAAUAUAAUUCGACUCGUAA